UACCCACCCAGUCAUCCACCUACCAAUCCACCAACCCACCCAGUCACUCACCUAUCAAUCAACCCACCAAACGAGUGAACCAUCUACCCAUCCACCUAUCCAUCCAUCUAGUAAACCAUCUGCUCACCUAACCACCUGCCCAGUCACACACCCAAUUACUCAUCCACCCAGUAUCGCUGCCACCCAGUCACGCACCUACCCUCCCAGUUACUCGCCCAGUCAACCACUCACCAACCCAGGCAGUCACCCACUUAGCCACCCAGCCAGUCACCCGCUUAGCCACCCAGCCAGUCACCUAUCCUUUCUCCCACCCACCCAGCCACGCACCGAUGACCCUACCUCGCACCUACCCACCCACGCAUCCACCUAUUUCCCAGGAGGUACUGGUUCACAUUAGAACCGUUGCCGCUCCGUGAACUUUAACCUUGCAUCACCCUGCCGCUCAGCUCCCUACCCGGGUUCGACUCAUGAUUGCUCUGUCGCUGCUUUACUGCAUGGGUGGGAAGCUUCCAACCCCUCACCCACGUCACCCUCCACCCACAUCUCACCCCUCCCGGGUCUCCCUCCUCCCAGCUCCUCCGUUCCCUCCUCUCCAGGUCUCCCUUCUGGGCAGGCCUCGCUUCAUGAGAACAUCGCCGCCUCUUUAUCAUCAGCAACAUCACAUCAGCUGCGCAUCGUCACUGCUGCUGCUGCUGCAAGGGAAGUGUCUGCGGUGAUUCUCACACUGACUCGGACGGCAGGAACCUGGGGCAGAGGGAGGCAGCUUCAACCUCUACCCCACUCUCAUUCCACCCAACCGCUACAUCUCCCCCGUGACCCCAGCUCCCCCGCGGCUCCCCGUUCCCACGUUCCAAUACCCCCGUCGCCUCAACAGGAACUCUGCAGCAACUGCUGCAGCAUUAGCAGCAGCAGCACGUAGGGACGAAGAGGAGGUGAUAUAAACUCUUCGGCUCGCCACCAGUCAGACCCGUGCGCCAGUGGAAACGUACUGGACCGUGCCAGGCCGAACCGGGACUGGUCCGGACCGGCUCUGGACCGGGUCUGGGCCGGGCCAGGCAGCAUGAUGGUGUCCUACCUCAAGCAGGGCCCUUACGCCAUGAGCGGCCUCGGGCUGCACCCUGGAGGUGGCAUGGAGCUGCUGCAUCCCUCCGUGGGGUUCCCCGGAGCGCCACGCAAGCAGCGUCGCGAGCGCACGACGUUCACGCGAGCGCAGCUCGACAUCCUCGAGUCGCUCUUCUCCAAGACGCGCUACCCCGACAUCUUCAUGCGCGAGGAGGUGGCGCUCAACAUCAACCUGCCCGAGUCGCGCGUGCAGGUGUGGUUCAAGAACCGUCGCGCCAAAUGCCGCCAGCAACUACAGCAGCAGCAGCAGCAGGGGGGAGGAGGGGGUGGGGGAGGAGGAGGGAGCUCCCAAGCCAAGCCCCGCCCACCUAAGAAGAAGAUGUCUCCAAUGCGCGAGGCGUCGGGUGAUGCUCCUCCCCUCUUCCCUUCCUCCUCAGCUGCAGGCAGCGUGGCUCCCGUGAGCGGAGGAGGAGGCUCCUCGUCCUCUGCCGCUGCACCCACCGCGACCCCCUGCACCUCCGCGGCUAGCACACCCUGCUCCAGCUCCGGCUCCAUCUGGAGCCCCGCCUCUGCAUCUCCCCCCUCCAUGGAGCCCGCGCCUUGCCCCAACCCCCCUGCUCAUCAUCAUCAUCAGCAGCAGCAGCAUCAUCAGCAGCAGCAGCAUCAUCAGCAGCAACAGGGCGCUUCCCCAAGCUCGACUACGUCUGGGCAGAGGCUGCCCGCUUACGCAACCUCAUUCACUCAUCUGCAAAACGCGGCUCAUUACAUGGGGUGCUCGGCUGGUUCCACGUACGGAUCUGGUGGUGGUGGUGGUGCGUAUUUUGGUGGUGGUGGUGGUGGCGGUGUGGUGGACCCGUGUGCUGUCGCCAUACACGGCCUCUCCGGCGCCUCUCUCAGCCCGCUUAUCCAACAACAAAGUCACCAUCACCAACAUCAUCAGCAACAUCAGCAGCAGCAUCAGCAACAUCAGCAGCAGCAGAAUCACAGUAAUGGCAGCGGCAGCAUCAACCUUCAGCAACACCAGCAAGUGUUGACUCACCACCAGAGCCAUCACCAUCAACAGCAUCAGCAUAAUCAGCAACAUCAUCAUCAGCAGCAGCAUCAAGGGCAGCACCUGCAGACUUUGAGCCCCCUUUGUCAGUCCCCUUCUGCGCUGGGGUUGGGGUCCCCAGGAUUCCCGGGCGCUGCUUUUGGGGGUCCUGACCCCUAUCUGGGUGACUAUAAGGACCCCUCAACUUGGAAACUGGGGUUCGGUGCCCCAGACCCCUACCUGAGUGACUACAAGGAGCAACAGGGACUCACCACGUGGAAGUUCCACGUGCUCUGACGAUGAGACGGGCGCGCUGGACAUCGCGUGGGGGGGGGGGGGUUGGUGGAUCGGGCAGAUAAUUAUCAUCUUCGUCCGUCCUGCGCGCCGAGACUACCGUUUUGAUGGGGCCACGAGAUAGUGAAGACCAAGGUCGAGAAGUCAGCGUGGCCAAAGCCGUCGGUGCCACCACCGCCGCCGCCACACCUCCUCACUCACCACCCAACGCGUCCAUCCCCUCCGCCAGUUCCAACGGCUCCUCUUCACGGUCGACACACGGCUAGCUCCCGUCACCCGCCCAGACCGUCAACCCACCGCAAUCUGUCCUCCCAGGUCUUCUCCUCCCCCCUUGGUUUGCGGGACUCAUGGGAGUGGCCCAUCUCAGUGGUCGGCUCCCCGGCUCCAUCCCAGACACAAACACACUUGUGCCGUCCAGUGGAACCGUUUUUUCAAAUGUUUAGUUUAUUCUUCCAAAAAAAUCGUAUGUGAGACACCUACCUGCCACGUUCUAUUCUGGAAUUCAGCAUUUUCAAUUCCUAGCACCCGUCUCGGACGCCCGUGCUCAAACGCAAGCAGUAUAUACAUGAGAUUGUUGAAUCUAUCUGUGCGGAGUGCAGAGUCUUCCCCCGCCACUCGUAUAACAUGCAUGGUGGAGUUUCUCCGGCUCUGCGGUUUCCUUCCCAGGAAGCAAAGAGACUCGGUAUUUAAAAAUGGAAUUGGCCAAACAAGAGGUCUUGAGUCUCGGUGAGGCUUUGCCGUGUCAAGUACAAUUAUGACGCGCGCUGCGUAUGGGUUUAGAUUUGUUACCUGUCUACAGUUCAUGAUCAUCGCCUGUGGCAUGAUAGGUGGACGAACUUGACCCCGGGCAACCUGUAGGUCGACUCGGCCCAA